AUGUGGAGGCGGAGGGAGGAGGGCUGUGAGACAUGUCCCUUCCCGCUCACAACAGCUGAAAGCAGAGAAGGCAACUCGCUAUAGCCCUCAGCAGAGCAGGGCGUCCUGGUCGCACCCCAGGGGCAUCCACCCUGGGUGGGUGGCAGUCCCGCAGCCACCGGGCGAUGAACUUCACAAGGAGAAGAGGCUUUUACAGACAGGAGCUGAACAGAACCAUCUGGGAGCUGCCCAGGAGGUACACCUCCCUGCACCCCGUGGGCUCUGGGGCCUACGGUUCCGUCUGCUCCGCCAUAGACAAGAAGACAGGAGAGAAAGUGGCCAUCAAGAAGCUGUGCCGCCCAUUCCAGUCGGAGAUCUUUGCCAAGAGAGCGUACAGAGAGCUCACGCUCUUGAAGCAAAUGCAGCAUGAGAAUGUCAUUGGGCUGCUUGAUGUCUUCACCUCCGCCCCUUCCUACCACGGAUUCCAGGACUUCUACCUGGUGAUGCCAUACAUGCGGACAGAUUUACAAAAGAUCAUGGGACAUGAAUUCAGUGAUGAAAAGAUCCAGUACCUGGUCUACCAGAUGCUGAAAGGGCUGAAGUAUAUUCAUUCUGCCGGAAUCAUCCACAGGGACCUGAAGCCAGGCAACCUGGCUGUGAAUGAAGACUGCCAGCUAAAGAUCUUGGACUUUGGCUUGGCAAGACAUGCUGAUGCUGAAAUGACAGGCUAUGUGGUCACGCGCUGGUAUAGAGCUCCAGAAGUCAUUCUGAACUGGAUGCAUUACAACCAGACAGUGGAUAUCUGGUCUAUUGGUUGCAUCAUGGCAGAAAUGCUGACUGGAAAAACGCUGUUUAAAGGAAAAGACUACGUUGAUCAGCUGACUCAGAUCCUGAAAGUAACAGGGCAUCCCGGAGAUGACUUUGUGGAGAAGCUUGAGGACAAGGCGGCUAAAAGUUAUAUCAAGUCUCUUCCAAAAAUGCCCAAGAAGGAUUUGUCUGUGCUCUUCCCCACAGCCAAUCCUCAGGCAGUGGACCUGCUGGACAAGAUGCUGCAGCUGGAUGUGGAGAAGCGCCUUACGGCCACAGAAGCAUUAGCCCACCCAUACUUUGAUCAAUUCCGAGACAUUGAGGAGGAGACAGAGGCACAACAGUCCUACGAUGAUUCUCUGGAGCGUGAAAAGCUUUCAAUAGAAGAAUGGAAAAAACAUAUCUACAAGGAGAUCUUAUCCUUCAGUCCAAUUGCACAGAAGGACUCAAAGAAGCGAAGUGGAAUGUCGCUGUAGUGACUGGUGCAGCUGUGACCAGGUUUCAUGUCUCGUGCUGGAUGACAGAUGGGAUUUGUUCCACACUGCCUCUUUUGUAGCCAUCACUUGGCCUAUGGGACUCCUCUGUGUGUGAACACGAUGUCAACACCAUGACUGUGGGCAUUGGACUUUCUUCUACUGAUGGGGGAAGUAUUCCUAAAUAGUUUUCAACUCUAAAGAUAAAUAUACUCUCCCUGAAACUUCCCCUUCCCCACCCCACCCCCCCCAUCACCCUAUAUUGCCAGGUUUUUGUUUCUCCUUUCUUGCACAGGUUUUUGGACUUGAAUUAUGUAUAAGGUAAAUAAAAUGGUAAAAUUGUCUGGGGACCAAGUCCCAAGCAAAAAAAUGAAAUGGUGAAAUUGAGCAUAACAAGACUUUAUCCAUGUUCCCUGUCUCUGAGCUCUUGAAGAGCACCCAGCACAGCCAGGUUGCUGAUAUAAUGUCAGCACCCAGGAGUCAUGGGAAUUGAGUUCUUCAUACACACAGGCUACACUCAGGGCACCUUCUGCUCUGGCUUCUUGCUAUGCACAAAACUCCCUGCUAGGGUUCUGCCUCCUCUGGGCAGCUGCUCGUUCCUCUUUGCUCUACUUCUCUCAUCCCUAGGUUUUGAUAGGUGCCAUUUCUUCCUCGUGGCUAGCUGCAAAUGCAUCCCUGGGAGUUAAGGACCACAUUGACACAUUCAUAAACUUGUUAUCCCAGGGAGCUGGGUUACCAGCAAGCAGUCCUCCUGCCCCCACAGGGGCCUCUUCCUUUAUGCUCAGCCUGGUUCACCCCCCAGUUCUCUUAGCCAGGCUUCUCUCUCACUGAGCGCCCUCCCCUUGGGGCUACCCUGCCUCUGCAGGCUGCCUUUAUCUCUCAGCAGAUCUGAUAUUUUGUUACACAGUCCAGUGACAUGACCUCUUAUGUUCUCAUUCCCUCUCCUCUGAGGGAUCCGUUUUACUGUUGGUUCUCUGCUGCAGUCCUUUUACAAGGCUGUUUGUUCCUUAAUAGGAAAAGACUUUAAUUGUUUGGAAAUGUCUUAAUAGGUGAUUGUCAGUCCUAAGGCUUGCAUCCUUACUUUGAAGUAAGGAUUAAAAAGUUUAUAGAUUCGAGAGGAGAGAAAAAAAAAAGGCAAAACAAUAAAAACAAUAUAUUGCAUGAACAAUUCAGCAUCAGCAGAAAGAAGAAUACAAUGAUUCAAUUCAGUGAACAUGGAAAAUAACUUCGGAUAUUCUGGUAUCAGAUCAGCUCCUUCAGUCAUCAAUCUUAUAAACAUCAUCCGAGAUGAUCUUAUUAAAUAGAAUACCUCACAGAAACCAGGCUACGGAUUAUCCUUGUGAAUAAGAGCUUCACAGAUUCCCACUAGUGCACUUUCUUUGGUGAAGUUUUGUUUCUUAUCUAUAUUUGCAGAUCAUAAUUAAUUCACUUUAGCAAGUAAUUCUUGGUGGCUAUGAGAAAUUGCCACCUCUGAGAAGCUCACUGUAUCUGUGUAUGACAAAGGUUGGGAAUAUGCAGUGCUUCUGGAGAAAGUACCCUGGAAGAGAAAGUUUCAAAUGCUGUUACAGAUUAUGAACUUCUGGAGUCUCGCUGCAGUUGGAAAGGAAGCAGCUGAGGGCCAAGGGCUCACAGCUCAAGAUUUUAGGGACACUAUCAGACUCCCUAAUAAAAGCCAACCUAGUGUCACCUUGUGUGAACUGGUGACCUGAAAGAGAGACCUACUGUGCUGCAUCCACAGCCAGUUGCACCCAGCCUUGACCUCAGAUGCUGUUUCUUUAGUAGGUAUAGAGCUUUGAAUGAGUUGAAGGACAACAAAAUACUAUCAUUUUGCUGUUUAUCUCUCUGGAUUAAGCAAUUUCUCGCAUACAAUUUGUCUGCAUUUAAUUGGUUUGUAAAGGUGUUCAGAUAGCAUCCUGAUAAGAGUGUGAUACAUAGACAGAGGGAGGUGGUUUUAUGAGCCCAGCUGCUGUGUACCAGACUAACCAGCCCGGCAUCUGCAACCUCCCUCCAGGGAAUGUUUGUUCCACCUUUGCUUCUGUAAUAUGCUAAGUAGUUCAUUCAAACAUAGAAGUAUGUUUUGAUCCUUCAGGUAAUUUGAUGUACUGGAAGUAUUACUAAUGUAAUCUGAAGCCUGGAACUUUUGGAGGUAUAUGCGUCAGUAUGUCCCAAGCCAAUACUCAAGUGCAUAGGUGUUUGUUAUAAAUGUUAUUACUACUGGAAGAGGAGAGAGACAAAAAACAACUACAGGAACAAAAUAAGCAAACUGGAUCUGAAAGUGACUUCAGUCUUAUUGCUACGUAUACACGUUCUUACCUUGGGGCCCUCAUUUCACUCUCCUAUAAGCAUCUAAAUAUCCAUGGUUUAGAAACCAAGUGUUACUUGUCCUCAGUGUGGGAUAUCUCAGGAAAGCAAAAUUGGGUUUGGGGGAGCAAGGUGACUCCAAGUUAGUUUCAAAGUCUGGUACUUUAGUCAUUUGAAUUCCUGGCUGGCUAUGACAGUCCCCUUUCCAAUACAACUCGAUGAUCGGGUAGAUAUUCUUUAGUUCUUUUGAAACACACCCUUUAUUUGCUUGCAAAGCUGAUUUGAAAAUUUUCUCUUGACCAUGUGUAUGUGAGGUGGUGAUCCUUUGGCAUUUGUGAAACCAAAAUAUUGGAUAGUGGGUUUUCAGAAUUUUUCCCUUCCUCUUCUAUAUUUUAAACUGCUAAACAGUUAAUUCACAGCUUCCAUCUGUCUUCACUUAGGGAAAUAUCUGGAAGACAAAUGUAUGUCUACAGGUAUCCAGCAGUGCUUGUUCCACAUAUCAUAGCUACGUCCUGCUAUUCUGCAACCAAAGUUAACUUCAGAGAAGUCCAACUUUUUUCUCUUGGGGUCUUCUAUAAGAGCUGGGUUGAUCCUUAUGGGUCCCUUCCAACUCAGAACAUUCUGUGAUUCCUAAGUACGAUGGGUCAUCAGGGCUACUUUCUGCAGUGCUACAGAGUACAUUUUUCUCUGUCAGGCCUUUAUUCCUGCUCACAGUAUGAGUGGGCUUGCCUCACCCCCACAAAAAAAUCUUUAUAGAUAUGUAUUAGAACUUCCCCCCCAGCCUGUCACAUAUUCCCUUAAACACCACUGUGGUUAAUAGCCACCGUCCUAGACAUGUUAAUUGCUAACCUCAAACUGAGAGAAGUGCUUAUAAGAAGGCAGAAAGAAAAUUUUCUACUGGAUAUAUGCUUAGAAGGAUACAAAUGUACAGCCACUUACAAAGAGUGAUUCUCUAGUAACUCAUCUAUCUAUAGCUAUGCAGAUGGAUGAUCCAGGUUAAGUAUCUUUUUAUGGUCUGAGAGUCUGCACAGAAGCACAGACUUAUGCAACCAGCCUCUUCUGUAGAGGCUUUCCUGGCAGCUAUUAAGGGUAAGGCUCUACAGAAGUCUGGCAAUGAUGUAAAAUGAUGUACAAAGCAUGUGCAUGGAUAUAGAUCUGUUUUGGACCUACAAUUUCUCCCUGCAAUUGCAGGUGCUAUCACUAGAACUGUUUUGUCACCGUAGUGUUGCAUGGAGUGGUUCUCGUGCUGUCUAGCUCUUAAAUCUCUUGCUGAUGUAUCCUGCCUGCAGAUGACAGCAAAGGCUACAAAUACCUCUAAUUUACUGCACUCUCCAAAUCCUUUCUUGUACAUUGAUGGUAAUGCAUAGCUCCACCCUGAAAAUCUUGAGGUGUGAUACGUGCAAGCACAUCUGAACUAGCUUUAAGUAAGCUAUUGAGCUUGGUGUUACUAGAACAAUCCGUAAAGCAGCACGGAGCUCAUCAUGUUAGGCUGUUAAAUCUCCAGAAAGUUUUGCAGCCUGUGCUGACUCUGGCAUACAUGCAGAGUGUAUCCCACUGCUUAUUGGAAUAGUCACUUGAUAGUUCAGUGCCAGGCAGUUAGUGUGAUAACGACUUUGGACCACAGCACAAACAUCCUCUUAGUUGGCACCUUCUGCCCUGUGAAUCACACAUGUUCAGAAGGUUAUUCCAAAGUACAUUCCAAGGGAAUCGUGCCAAGCGGCGAGCAUUCUCCAUACACGAACCCAGUGUGGUCCACAAGGCUACAUAACGUAUUUGCUGAGAAGGUACAUGAGCUCUGUUAUAUACGCAGUGUUUCUCAAUUCUCUGCCCCUUCAGCAGUUGCUGAGUCAUUUUGGUUUAGAAUAGCCAGAAUGUACAUUUUCAGUACCUUUCUCUCUGAUUGUCUUCUUUGCCUGUGAGUGAUUUCUGGUUUUGCUGUAGGGACCUUAAGUUUGGGAAAACAGCAACAGUAACAGAAUUUUCUGAGCUCUGGUCUUCGCUGCCAAUCAGACAAGGCAAUGUUACAUUUCUUGGCUCUGUCUUUGUUGCAGUUCAUGCCCUGUACUGCACAAGAGAGCCCUACAACUGUAGCUUUUUGGUAUGACUGUACCGACGUUAUCUUCAGUAGCUGCACAGAUGCUCUGCACUGAUGCAGUUUCUCUUGGCUUGUAUCUCUGUGUGCCAUGUACAAUCCCCAUGCCCCGCAGCACCCUUUGUUAAAGGAAAUGAGCACAGCACUGCUGUGACCUCCCCUCAAUUCCCUUGAAAUUCAAUGCUUCUGGUACAGAGUGCUCCAAAAAGCUGGGCUGGACAGCAUGCAGCAGGAUCCUGCAGACAUCUUAAAGAACCACAGUUUGAUGUAAGAAACCAUCCUUUCCACCUCCUACUCCAUGUGAUGCAACCUGCAUAUUUCCUGGAUGUAGGAAGGGAGGAGUUCCUGCUCUAUCAAAGGGCAGUUGAAAUAUUGUCCCUUUGAACAAGAUGUCUGACUUGGCUUCCCUGUCCAUCGUGUAAUCUUUAACAGAGGUCAGAGAGGAGCUCUCUGCAGCUGCCAUAAACGUCUCAGAGCUGCAUGUCUUUCUACUGAAUAUAUACUUCCGGAAAAUAUUUUAUAUCGAGGACUGGAUUUCUGAGUGCUUUCUCUUUUGUGAGCUUACACUAAAUACUCUGAAAUAGUGAGAACAACCUCAAUGGUUGUGUGUGUGGACUCCACACUCUGGGAAUCAUUCAUUCACCCACUGACAAUGUACGGUGGGUCCUUUAGCACACUAUUCUGUCACACAUCCCCUAAGGAGCAAAUAAAUCAAGUGCAUUCAUGUUGCUCUUUUUUUUUUUUCUCCUUGUGUAACUUUACAAUACAAAAUCCAGUGAUUAAAAAUCACUCAACCAUUUAGUGAACACCCAAAAUCCCAUAAGUCAGGCCAGAUGGAAAUAUGCUUGCUAUUUACAUUGAAGCGCAGUAAAAAUGAUGCAGAUACAGUUUUUUUGUGCCCACCUCACAUAAUAUGCAGAUGCCCAUCUUGAAAUACUUUUUAUAUCUUAGUCCUGCAUUUAUUUCUGAAUGUAGGAAUCACUGCUAUUUUUCAUUAUUAUUAUUUGGAAAGUGAAGCCUUCAUCAUAAACAAUCUUUCUGUGCAAGUUUUUUGGCAGCCAGUGAGAUCUGUGAGUUACAUCUUUGAGAGAGAUCUUAUUUAUUAGGUACUUACAGCUGAGAGUGGGUGAGAAGAAGUGGAUGAAGCAAUGAUUUUUCUCCAUGAGACACCAUGAGGUUAUAAGAAUGUGUGCUGGUUUUUUUUGAACAGACACACAGUAUUCACCACAUUUUGGACAUCACUUAGAAACCUUUCUGUGCAGAAUUCGAAAAUAUUCGAAAAUAUCUACAGCUUUAGAAAACCCUACACUUAUUUUAUCCUAUAGGAAAAAAAAUUCAUAUUUAACCUUUUCAUAUUUUAAAUCACAUUCUAAACAGACUAAUCAUUUUCAGGUUGUAAGUUUGUGAUAAUGGGAUAGAAGAAAAUCAUAGGAAAUGAUAAACACAUCUGAGAACUCUAAUGAGAUCCUUUAAGAAGGACUGUAAUAUGUUUUCGUAUUUUCAUGCCUCACUUGCCUAGGUAGCAAGGGAAAACUCCUGACUCUCUGCAGCUUCCCACAUCAUAGUGGAGUGGAGUGUGGGCUUGUAACACGAUCAUGGCUUAGUUUUUUGUUUUUUUUUUAAAAAAAAAAAAAAAAAAACAACUAAGAGAAACCAACUAAGAGAAACAAAACACGGAAGAAAGACCAGAAAAUUGCCAGUACCAAUUCAUUUUCACCCCACAAAGGAUGAACAUUUCCUUCACUAAUUGCAGCUGUGUUCAAUGUCAUCAGUAUCACUCUGCUGUAAAAAUGUCAGUGUUUCCAAGCAAUUGUGGAAUACAGGAUGUCUUGUCUAAUUUCUCUCAUGCUAAGUUAUCCUCUGACUACAUGAGUUUAUACAGCCUUUCAUAUGAUGUUCAGCCAAUGCUGCUUUGCCAUUGAUUCAGACAGCACUUUGCCUGAUUGAUAACUUCUUUCUCUUUUGUUUGGUUGUGCUCUAUUAAAUAAUAUUGAAAGGUUAGCAUUUAUCUUUAACCUCUAAUAAUUUUCAGUUGAAUGAGAACUAACUUCUUUUAGCCAAGUUUGGCUAGAAAAAUUAGAAUUAUCCUACUAUCAACCGUAAUUUUAGUUCUUUCUUCAGAACAAUGCAGAAAAAAGGUUUUAAAACUGAUUUGCCCAUUAAGAUAAAAAAAGGAAUACCAUUAAUUACUACUGAGGUGACAGUGCUGGGUGCUUGUGUCAUCUCUCUGAAGUCAGUGCGACUAAACAGGACUAUAAAUACUCCCCACAAAACUAGGAUCUCAAGAAGUGCACUUGCGAAUCCAGCUGAAUUGCACUGCAGCCGAGGCUAAUCAUUCUGCGGUAUCAGGCUUUUAACCUUUAGUGUGCACAGGUCCUUUUUAGCAAUGACAAUAAUUAUGACAGUUCUGAAGAAAACAGCCACACAACAACCAAAACAGAUAUAAAAGUACUCAUUCUGAGGCUCAAUGAAUCAACAAAUAAAGAAAAGGUCACUUUUCAGUUCUCAAUUACAAAUGAUAAUUUUCUCCCUCUUAAAAUAUGUUUAAAUACUUGCAUAAAGAAAAUUAUGACUGAAUGUGCCUAGCUCUGUUUAAACUGUCUUGGCUGCUGUUUUCAUUUGAAGUGACACCUCUGGUUUUGAACUUGUACUGUUUAAAAACUGUGAGAGCCAAGAAAUUGAAUUAAGCUGUGCCUCUGGGAUUUCAGAUAAGUCCAGAAUGUUUUUUCAAAUAACAUAUUAGUUCCACAGCUCUAUUUUAAAAUUAAAUGAUGGAUAACUUGUUUUUAUGCUCUAACAUAUGGCCCUCAAUCUUCCAAGAUGUCUGUGCAUACUUCAUGUUGUGCAAGAGUCACCCUACUGAACUUAAUAGGACUAUUCAGACAGUUGACAUUAAGCAUGUAUGCAAAUCUUUGCAAGACUGGAACCUAACGUGAUUAUAAUAAGCCCAUUUCAGUGCAAAUCUAAGUAUAAAGAGCUUCAAAACUGAGGUCAAAAUAAAAGAACUUGCACAAGUCUGUCAUACUAAAAGAGUACCAAAAUGCUGGGGGAAAAAAAUGCACACUAAAACCUUCUGAUAAAUUUCAAACUAUGUUCUCACAUAAAGAGGGAAAAAUUAGGCAGUCAAACUGCUCGUUGCAGUAACUGAAAUUUUACUUACUGUGAAACUGUCUCCUCAACAGUCAACUCAUUUACUGCAAUGUCUAUUUUAUAGAUUUUUGUUGUUGUGCUUUAUGGAUAGGAUUGUGCUUUUGCACAGAUGUACUUUGGGGGUGAGCUGGGAUUUUAUGUCAAAUGAUAUGCUUUAUUUAUUUCUGAUCUCAUGCAGAAAAUAAAAUAUAUUUAAUAUCCUUGA